AUGUUGCAAGUAGUACUUUCAGAUGAAUAAAACUUAUCUAUAUCAUAAGAAUUAUCUCAUUAAGGUGGCAAUUUUAGGAUUUCCAAAUAAGCCUUAGUGAAAAUAGUUAGUGCUGCUCAAGAACGAUUGUUUGCAGAGGAGAUUGAUGAAUUAGAAAAUAUUGAUGGUUUGCAAAAUUUAGAAAUGAGUUUAUGCACUAGUUUCACUAAAGGUUUGAAAGGUGAUGAUUUUAAAGAAAGAGAUAUUCUCUUUGGUAACAAUAAAAAACCUGUCAUUCCACCAAAAACUUAUUUAAAAUUGCUCUUAUAAGCAUUAGAGGUUCAUAUAUUAGUAUAGAAUCAUAUUAGGAUUUCAUCAUGAGAGUAUUAUUAGUGGCCUCAAUAGUCUCAAUAGUAAUUGGAGUAGCCACAGCAGAUGAUGAUCAUCGUUCUUUAGCUUGGAUAGAAGGAUUUGCAAUUUUCAUAGCCGUAUUCGUAUGCUGCAAUGUGACUGCAAUAAAUGUAUAGAAUCAGUAUUUAUAUAUAGGAUUACUAAAAGGAAAGAUAAUUUCAAAGUUUAAAUUCAAUGGCAGAUAGUAGAAAAACAGUAACAGUAUGGAGAGAUGGGUGUAAAAUAGAUUUGCAUCAGAGUUUAGUUAUGGUGGGAGACAUAAUUUAAAUUUUUGAAGGUAUGGAGAUACCAGCCGAUUGUUUUGUUGUUGAGGCAGCUGAAUUAACAUGUGACGUAAUCAAAUAGUAAAUUAAUUAUUAGGAAAGUGCUAUGACAGGUGAGACAGAUCCUGUUAAAAAGGAUACCUAUGAAAACUGUAGAAAGUAGAGAGAUAAAUUAAAAGAUUAAUAAAAUUCAUGUGGUAGACAUGAUGUAUCGUCUCCAGUUAUGCUGAGUGGUACUAAAGUGUUGUCAGGUGAAGGUAAAAUGAUUGUAGUAGUUGUUGGAGAUUCAAGUUGUGUAGGAAAAAUAUCUUCAUUACUUGCAACUGAAGAUAUACAAACAACUCCAUUAUAAGAAAAAUUAGAAGCCAUUGCAUAAGAUGUAGGUAAAUUUGGUCUUGCAAGUUCUGCUUUGAUAUUGCUUAUUUUACUAUUAAGAUUUGCAGUAGAAAGAAUUAAAGAUAAUUCAUUUGAAAAAGAACAUAUAAAAGAAAUGCUUAAUUUCAUUAUUAUUUGUAUUACAGUCAUUGUAGUUGCUAUUCCUGAAGGAUUACCACUUGCUGUUACACUCUCAUUAGCUUAUUCUACAAAAAGAAUGUUGAAGGAUAAUAAUUUAGUUAGAAAAAUGGCAGCUUGUGAAACCAUGGGUGGAGCAGACAUGGUAUGUUCAGAUAAAACAGGUACUUUGACUUAAAAUAAAAUGUUUAUGGUAUCUAUUUGGAAUGAUACUCUAAUGGAUAUUGAUGUUUAUAAUGAUUAAUUGAAUUUAAGUACCUAUUUUCCUACUUAAAUGCAUGAAUUGUAUGUCUAAGCAUCAAUUGUUAAUGGAACAGCUAUGAUUAGACCAGAAGAAAAAGGUAGUAAAACUGAAGUAGCCAUGAUUUUAUUUGCAGAAAAAUGUGGAAUUAUUUAUGAAAAAGAAAGAGAAAUACAUGUUGCCAAUAUGAAAAUACCUUUUUCAAGCAAAAGAAAAAGAAUGGCUAUGAUAAUAGGAAAAAGAUUAGUUAUAAAAGGUGCUAGUGAAAUCAUUUUAGAAGGUUGUAAUAAGUUACAUUCAAAAAGUAGAGGAAUCGUCUCAAUUGACUCUACCAUAAGAUAAAGUAUUGAAAAAGCUAUUGAAUCUAUGGCAACGUAGUCUCUUAGAACUAUUGGAUUAGCCUAUAGAGAUUUAAAUGGAUCAGAAGAUCUGACUAACAAAAAUGAUAAAGGUGUUUAUGAUGUUGAAACUGAAAAUUUGACUUUAAUUGCUAUUGUAGGAAUCAAAGAUAUCCUAAGACCUGAAGUCCCAGGAGCUGUUGCUAAUUGCAAAACUGCAGGAAUUAAAGUAAGAAUGGUUACUGGUGAUAACAAAAUAACUGCAAGAGCUAUAGCUAAAGAAUGUGGAAUUUUAAUUGAUGAAAAUAAAUCUUUAGUAUUAGAAGGUCCUGAUUUUGUUAAUAGAAUAGGAGGUGUAGUUUGUAAAUGGUGUAAAACAGCAAUUUGUGAUUGUCCAAGAGAUUAAUCAACUGCUAAAUAAAUAGGAAAAUCAGUAAGAGUGGAUACAAUUAAAAACGGAGAAGAAUUUGACAAAAUCUAUCCUCUUCUAGAUGUCUUAGCUAGGAGUAGACCUGAAGACAAGUAUGCUCUUGUCACAGGACUCAUUGAAAGAGGACAUGUUGUAGCAGUUACUGGAGAUGGUACUAAUGAUGGUAAUAUUUUUAACUUAAUUUUGAAUAGCACCUGCUUUAAAGAAGGCUGAUGUAGGAUUUGCUAUGGGUAUUGCAGGUACAGAAGUUGCCAGAGAGAGUGCUUCCAUUAUUUUAUUAGAUGAUAAUUUUAGUUCUAUAGUCAAGGCAGUAAUGUGGGGAAGGAAUAUUUAUGAUUCAAUAAAGAAAUUCCUACAAUUCUAAUUAACUGUGAAUGUUGUAGCUGUCACAAUGACUUUAAUAUCAUCAGUGUUACUUAAGUAAGAAGUUUUGGAACCAAUCCAAAUGUUAUGGGUGAAUUUAAUUAUGGAUACAUUUGCAUCUUUGGCUUUGGCUACAGAAACACCAACAGCAGAAUUAUUGUAGAGAAAACCUCAUAACAGAAAUGAGUACAUGAUUUCAUAAAAAAUGUUCAAACACAUAAUAGGAUAAGCAAUUUAUUAGAUGAUUAUAAUGCUGGUGUUAUUAUUUAGUGCUUAAGAUUUUGUUCCUGAAUAUAAUGGUUCAGAGGAUAGGACUUCAGAUUUUGAAGGAAGAUUAUAAUACAAAUAUUCUAAUACAUAUUAUGAUGAAACAUUAAAAAUUCAUGUAUGUCCUAAUCAUUAAGACUACUGUAAUUUGGUUUCCUUUAGCACAGAUUAUUAUGUAGAUGGUUCUGAGAACUAUGAAACUUUCUACAAGGAAACCUAUAUACCAUCAAGACAAUUUACUGUAAUAUUUAACACAUUUGUCAUGAUGCAAUUAUUCAACUUUAUGAAUGCAAGAAGGAUAAAGGAUGAACCAAAUAUCUUUCAAGGCAUUUUCACAAAUAUCUUAUUCCCAAUUAUAGUUGUAGGAAUUCUGACUUUACAAAUAAUUUUAGUUACAUUUGGAGGUAUUGUUUUCCACUGCUAUACUUUUUAUGGUUUGAGAAUUGAAUAAUGGUAAAUUAUUUUAUUAAUUUUUAGGUUAAUAUGUGUAGCAUUUGGUUCUGGAGGUCUUAUAGUUAGAAUGAUUCUUAGAAUUAUUCCAGAUCCAAAAUUAGCCUUUUUAACUAAAUUAGGUCAUCAACAUAAUGAAGCUCCUAAAUUGGCAUCCCCAACUGCAUAAAACAAUGAAAGCUAUUAAAUUUAAGUUAUUCGUUAAGAAUCUGAAUUGGCAAAUCUUAAUGAUCAAGUAUAAGAAUCUAGAAUGAUUUGA